GAGCUCCGACAAAUAUAUUCGGACACCACUCGAAACUAUUUAUAUGGGAUAUGCAAAUACGUUUGUGGGAGUGUCUUCCCCUAUCCCAUUAGUCUCUGGGGCUUAUAAAGUCUCCCAGUUCACCACACAGACGCAGUCACCACUCCAGGGAUAUCGCUCUCUGACUCUUGUCUCGCUGUCUCUCUCAACUCGCCGACUUUCCAUCCCAAAGCGCCACAACGCCAGGCUCCACGACUCUAACCAUGACUUGCCACCUGCUGGGUCUGCUCCUCGUGGCGAUGCUGUUCGUGAGCGGAGGGCACAGCCUCAAAUGCUACUCGUGCAUCACGAACACCAACAAUGCUGCGUGCAACGCGGGCGGCCCCACCACGUGUUCCGUCUCAUCGCAGGACAACUGCGCGACAAUUCUCAUCUACCAGGGCUCCAACUACGCCGUCACAAAGCAGUGCAUGAGCAAGGCCGAAUGCGACGUGGCCAAGAAACUCGACGGCACCACCAACGGAGUCACGCUGCUCACCACGUGCUGCCAGAGCGACGGCUGCAACGUCAACGCCGCCCCUCGCCCGCUGGGCGCAGCUCACGUGACCCUGGCCCUGCUGGGCGUGGCCAUCAGCGUCGUGGUCAGCAGGGCUAUGGUGUAGGUCGUGACGUCACAGCCGCCUACCCCCAACGUGCCUUGGUUCGGUCCAAUCACUUUUCCCCUUCCACUCGGUUGACUCACGACGCUUCCACCAGUGGAGCUGUGCAACGUUAAAUCGUCUACAUUGUUGUGUUAUGCUGCUAAAGAAGCUCAAAGUACGUAUGUACAUACAUACAUACAUAGAGACAAGUAGACUCAUCACGCAGAGACCCAUAGACUCACUACAUAGAGACCCAUAGACUGAUCACACAGGGACACAUAGACUCAUCACACAGAGACCCAUAGACUCAUCACAUAGAUACCCAAGUGCGGAAUGAUAUACCAUCAUUUACAGAGAUCCCAUAUGGCAGAAGAGAAUGGAAAGGUCUUUAACCUGGACUUGGAACAGGUCACGCGGGGUGUUCAGAGAGUGUGCAGAUGAUUAGGGGGUGAAAGGAAGUCCUAUAAUCAAGGGUGGGGUGGUGGGUUGGGUAGUAGAUUUGCGUGACCCUGACCAAUGGCCUGUACAAGGUACCGCUCAAUUUAGCGAAUGGCAUUCGUUUCUCAAACAUCUAAAAAACAGACUCACGAGCGUAACUAAAUUUGUCAUUCGCAACGGCUUUACCCAUUUGGUUUAAUACUAAAACUUCGGGGGGGGGUGUAUCGGACAGUCAUUCCAAAUCGAAAAAAGUAUAUAUUGCAAUACAUCUUUGUCACUUCUGAGGAUGCAAAAAAGUGUAAUAACAUUAUUAAAGAACGUGAAUAUGAAAACGAUUAAAUAAUGCACUUGAAAAAACUGGUAAUAAAAACAAAUUGCUGCAUGCUGGAAUGACUGGAGAGGGUGAUGUGGAGACGUUACCGUUGCACUGUAUAGGGACACCAUAAUACUGCUGCGGAUUGGAAUCUUGAUUUAGACGGGAGGAGGAAAUCUGAUGACCUACGAAGCUCGAUGGGCGAGUGCCGUAGGAAAUUCGAUUAUGCAGAAAUUCGAUUUCGUUGAUUGUGCCACGGUGGCUAGGGAGCUGUUAAUUUCCUUGCCUGGUCUACAGGAGGUCGUAAGUUCAAUCCCUACCCUGACGAUGCCUGCUGCUGUAUUUGGAGUUUGCAUAUCUCUCUCUCCGUGUUCCUUCGAUUUUUCAUUUAGAAUCAACGUCACCACACAUUCAGGGCUAUUUGCCUGCUCAUAGAAUUUUCAACGUGAUGACAAUGAUAAUGAUAUCAUGCCACUUGGUUGAGCUGCCAGGUCUCUUCUGAAAGAGAGCUACACCAGCUCAGUAGUGGUGCCUUACACCUGCUUAAAAUCUCUAUAUAUUAAAGGGAAAUUUGUGAA